CCCAGCGCUGCCCAGCACCUGGAUUUCCCGCAGGCUGCCAGACCUCCCAGAUGCCCUGCGUGGGAGGCCUCUAGAGCUUUCCUCCAGCAGCUGGGAUUGCCCCUUUCGUUUUCAUUUUCAUUUUCCUCUCUGCUGUGAACUGUGCAGCUCUGCCUAAGGCAGUGGGAGUCUGAAAGGCUCGGGGGCUCUGGGGACCCCUCUGCGGGAGGAGCCCCCCGAAAAGUGCUGCGGCUGCUUGGGCUGGAGCGCAGAGCCCCUGGUGCGGGAACCCCCGGCAGCUGCUCCCUGCUCCGAUGUCUCGGGAACGGCGGCCGAGCCCCCCGGGGUCGCUGCGCAUCCCGCGGGCGCGGGGCGGGCGGGCGCGGCGCGCCGGGCUCCUGCUGCUGGGGAUCGCGGCCGCCGCGCUCUGCCUGGCCGGGCAGCCCCUCGUCCCCGCCGCCCGCUUCCUCACCGCCCACUUCGUGGCCCUGCAGCUCGGGGUGCUGCUGAAGGGCGCCUGCUACCUGGCUGAGGAGAUCUUCCACCUCCAGACCAGGCACCACGGCAGCUUCCAGAGGGCCCUGUGUGCCUGCUUCCCCCGGCACUGGCAGGGCCUCACGCUGCUGGUCUGUGGCUCAGCCUGCGUGGCUCUUAUGGAUGGAGAUGGGCAGACACUCAGCUUCCAACUCGGCCUGGCCAGCCUGUGCCAGCUCCUCAUCCUUACCCUGGGGCUCCACAAGCCCUCAGCAGUGGAAAUCUCUGAGAUGUCUGAGAGGUCCAAGCAGAAUGUUGCUCAUGGACUUGCCUGGUCUUAUUACGUUGGGUACCUAAAAAUAGUCCUGCCACGGGUGAAAAAGUCACUGGAGGAAUUCAGCAGAGCCAACCCCAAUGUGCUGAUAUGCAGGGAGACCUGGAAGCUCCACAUCUUGAUCCCUCUGAGCUGUGAUGUCUAUGAUGACCUGGAGAAAGCUGACAGCAACAUCCAGUACCUGGCAGACCUCAGUGAAACCACCCUGACCCGAGCUGGCACCAAAAAAAGGGUCUACAAACACAGCCUCUACACAAUCAGGGAUGAAGACAAGCUCUGGCGCUGUGCUGUGGAGUAUGCCACCCCGCUGCAGUCCCUCUACGCCAUGUCCCAGGAUGAGUGUGCUGCCUUUGACCGGGAGGAGCGCCUGGAGCAGGCCAAGCUUUUCUACAGGACAUUGGAGGAGAUCCUGAGAGGCUCCAGGGAGUGUGCGGGUACCUACCGGCUCAUUGCCUAUGAGGACUUGGGUGAAGCAGAGCCCCACUUCUUGUCCAGAGAGAUCCUGUGGCACCUCCGGCAGCAGCGUGACGAGGAGUUUGCCGUGCAGGAGGGGACGCAGCUGCAGGACCCACCCACGACCCUGAGCUCCACGGAGCUCAACCUGCAGAUCAGCAUGUCUGACCUGCCGCAGCCCCUGCGAAGCGACUGCUUCUAAAGCACCCAUCCUGCCCAGCCCUCAGCACCAGCCCAGGCUCUGCUCCUCUCUCCCGAGCCCCCUCUUGGCAGCAAUCCCCAGGAACAGGGGAAUUCCUCCUGCAGGUUCCUGGGGACUUCCUCCUGCAGGAACACCCAAACCUCCUGUGCAUUGUGUUUACUGGAAAGAGCAGGGUCAAGCCACAGUCCUGUGACAUACUUCCCAAUGUCUCUGUGAUGUAUGUCUCAGAUAUUAAUCCAUGGCUUGGGUUUUUUUAAUUCAUCUGCUUUGAUUUGUAUCAUAUAACAUGUUCCUCUGGAGUAAGCUGCACAAUCCUGAACCUUGGGCACGGUCCUGGAUGGGGCUUUGGAAAUCCCAGCCAUGAGUGUGGACGUCUGUGUGGUCCAACACACCCAGCCAGCGUGGCCUGGAUGAUCUGAUGGCUUCUGCAGGCACAGGAGUAUGUGCAGGACUUCCAGGCCACCCUCCACCCUGAUGGCCCCACCGUAGGGCAGCAUUUGCCAGCCCUCCCAGGCACCACUCUCGUGGCCUGGAAUUGUGCUCGGUGCUGAGUCCUGCCCCCACUGUGACCCUGAGCAAAGAGGGAUCGGCUACAGCUUAUUCCUCUCUGAUCUAAAGCCAUUGAUGAAACAGCUCCAGUUCCUUCUGCCUCUCCCCAGCUUUCCUUCCCAGGAUAAAACUGCUCUUACUUGGCAGCUGCCACUCAGCAAAGCACCCGAGGUGAAUACCAGGGCUCUGUCUUUCACACAUGUGGAAGAACAGGGUGGGAGAUGCCUCCCACUGGCUCCAGCCCAGCAAGGUUACAGCAGAGAUUCAGCUGGUCCUGCUGGGACUGGGCACUGGAACCCAUCUCAGGAUUCAAUAAAACCUUAAUCUGCA